AUGAAUGUGACGGGUGAUAUUCAAUGUGAUAUUUGCAAGACAAGUUAUGGCUUCAGUUCAGCUGAUCGACGUGCAAUCAUUGUAAUGGUUGUUCUAGCAGCUAUUGCUCUUUUAUCAUGUUAUGUAGGUGUAUUAUGGUUUGCUAUUCGUACACGUUUUAAGUCGUCUAAAAAUUCAAAUGUUAUCGAUAAUACUGCGAAUAAAAAUGAGGCAUUUAAUAAUGAUGUGGAAAACUAUGAUGAAUUUGUACAGCCAAUCGAAAAUAUAAGAAAUUCAUUACCACAACCGAUUACAACAACGCAACACGUUCAUUUUGCAACCGAAAAAGAAUUGUAUUGA